UCGGAGUAGGAGCGCAUUGAGGGAAGGAGGCACGAGAAUCUCGCCGUUUACUUCGCGUGACAAUUCGGAUACGCAUUGAGACAUCAACUCAAAAUGGAAUCAAAGUGUUUGGCAGUUUUGUGUGUAAUUUUUGCUGUGUCAGCGGUCCACCAUGCGACGGGAGCCGAAAAUGUUACAAUUGGGACUGUUACGAAUAAACCAUGGUCGUACACAGAGGAUGGUAAACAGACAGGCCUCGCUGUGGACAUCCUCAUGAAGAUAUUCGAAUAUCAAGGCACUAAGGAUAAGUUCACUCCGCAGCUGACCGAAGAUGCUGACGGCGUGAUUGGUAGGAAGGAAAAUGGGGCCUGGACUGCGGGGUUGAUUAAGGACCUUAUAGCCCAGAAAGAUGGGAUGCAGAUGGGUGCCGCUGGCGUCAUGAUCACGGACGACUUGGAGGCCGAAACCAAAUUGAUGUGGUCGAUGCCAUACCUUACAUACAACGUCUCCAUGCUGAUGGAAAAAGAUAAGGAUGUAAAAUCUAUUAUGGAUGGUCACACUAACAACAUGACCUUCGUAGUGGUUAAAGAUGGACCGAUUCAUGUGAUGUUUACAAAGUGCGAGACCCUGUUGACAGAUGCCACCGAGAAAACAUCAUGUAAGGCUAUCAACGAUAAGUUUACCGCGGAUGCAACUCUCCUGGUCAAAGACGCCGCUGCUGCACUCAAGGCAGUCAAGGAAAAAGACUCGGACAUGGUUUUUCUGACGGAUGGGGCGACUGCCAAGUACCACGCUAGACUCAACUGCGAACUUAAGGUCGUUGAUGGCGGCAUGUUUCCAAAAGGCGCCUGCAAAUAUGCCUUUCCAAUCAACAAAGAUGCAGCAACAGCUCAAGUUGAGUUGAAGCCGGCAAUAGAUGCGACCAUCAAACUGUUCACAGGUAAAGGAAAAGAUGACAUCAAGACGAUUGAGACCACGUACCUCUCGCCCAGCACGUGUGGAUCAUCAGGCCUCUCAUUCACCCUUGCAGCACUCCUACUCUCUGUAUUUGUGUCCAAAUUAUUGUAAAGGAAACACUGUCCAAGAUUCAACACUCUUAAACAGGGUCGCGUUCACAACGAAGUCACGCUGUCAUCUUGAGUCACGGUUACGCAUGCGUGAGCUGGAGAAUGCAUUUUUUAGUCAAGAAUUGUUUUUAAUUAGCAGCCUAAACAGGCGGUUGUACCAUGUCCAUUCGGAUAUACACCAAACAGAAAAUGAAUGGAGCUCCCAAGGUUCCCACACAGAAAUUUCGGGUUGUCGUUUAAAUCCAAUCAGAGUCUUUCAAAUAAUUUGUUUCAAAUGUUUUUGAAAGUCUCUGUUCCAAUGUAAAGAUGUAACAGUUUAAACGUGAUCAAUACCAUCAGAGCCUUUCAAAUACAAAGGCUAUGCUCUCAAUAAUCUAUUUCUUUAUAUCAUAUUCGAUUUGAUAGUGUCAUUAUAGUCCACUACCCCGAGACAUAUAAACCGGGCUGUAGCGGUAACGUUUGCUGGUUGGUCCCCUUAGUACCAUUAAUCAUUUUAGAAUAAUCACAAAAAGCAAAUAAAAACUUUUUUUGUUCUUUUGCUCAGAUGUAUUGAUCAGAUUAGUGACAGAACACAAAAUUCAUAUGGGCACAAUCCAUAUGCCUGGGAGAUAUUCCUUCCGCAUUUGCACAUAUUCGGAUGGAUCUGAUACAAUUGUUUUGUUCACGCAUGGAUGGUGAGACGUGACUAAGCGACACUGACAGUAUGACCUCAGUCUGUGACUCGCGUUUUUCUAUGACUUCCUGAGACAGUCGUGACACAUACAUCCUGGCAUAUUUAAUUUGAAUUGGAAAGCAAAAGCAAAAACAAAUAAUUAUCUCACGACUAUCUAAAGACAGGUUUUAUUUCAAAUAAAGUGUUGUGUCUGCAGGCAAUUAAAGCUUCCCUCUAAAUUCACUCAUCGCUUGUCCUACAUCUUGUUCUGGGGUCCAGAGGGUCACGUGUGCUCCCAGGGGGCGCUCACGUUUCUCAUCUUUAUGCAAAUUUUCAUCCAAACCAAACCGUCCACGCUAGUGGCACGUACGUAGCCUCCUCUAUCGCUGAAAUAACUUUCUCAUCUUAUUUAGUUCUUUCCUACACUGGAUCCCAGCCAAGGCAGUUCAAGCGCUCAUCCAAAAAAAAACACUAAAAGGUUUCCGUCGUCUUCUAUAUAACCAUUGUUAUGUGUGCGUUGUAACACUCCUCUGGCGCACAGUAUGAAUGACAGAAUAAACACCGCACGUCGGCAAACUCCUUCAAAAUGAUUUUACAGAUAACAGCCAAUAUAGUUACUGCUUUUGAGAAAGCGCAUACUUUCCAAAAUGACGAACGGUUCGCUCCUUAGCUGCCAAAUCAUUGUCUGCCGUCGUUUGGAAGACCCACUCUCCAGUUAGGGGAAGAAAGUGGCUAUUAGGAUUAAUUCGCUCUGAUAAUACAGAGUGUUGUGUUGGCUUAUCUGCGGUUUAGGGUUGAUGGCCGGCUUAAUAUUGAGGAGGUUAAAUAGUGAAUCUGGUUUUCCGCUUGAAUAACAGGGCUUCGGCUGCGUACCCACAGGCUUUUCUCUUGUGACUUCGUUGACUUGUCGCGUUUUUCCAUUGUCCCAGUAGUGUGUUCCCUGACACAACCAAUGGGAAUUCCAAUAAGCAACAACAAAAUGUUCAUUUUUUUGUGUGGGGUUUCAAAAGCGAACACACAUAUACAUAACAGGGAAAAACGCCACAGGCAAACUGUCUCUCGAUUCGCAGCCCACUCUUUCCAAUGAUACAUCACUUUGGCCAAUGGGGUACUAGCUCUAUCACAGGGAGAAAGAGUUCAUUUAUGUUAUUUGUUGUGUAAUGGUAGCAAUGAUGCACAUACUAAUUCGGCAAGAUAUAACCUCAUACACACUUAUCCUACGUACACGCCAACUAGAUAUUUGAAAUUGACCCGUCGAGGCCUUUGUCCAGGCAUUUUGCGUACACACGUACACAUACUUUGACAAGGAACACCGGCAUAUACAUCUACAAAGGCCAGUAUGUUAUUGGGGAAAGACUUUUUCCUGGCCGAUUUGAAUAGACCACUCUAAAUAAGACGGUCAUCAGUGGACCCUUUUUUCCUGUGAUAUCUGAAGUACCCCAUUUGUAACAGUUAAAGUGGUACCGGCGAUAGCUGCUGGCUGUCUAUUACUGACUGAUCAUUGAAAACUUUAGCCACACGUGCCGACGUUAACCUACGUAGGCAAUCAAUGGUAAUACGGUAGUGUUACAUAUAUCAAGAGAUUUUCUUCCUAAUAUCAUCAUGACUUUUCAGAGAAAGUAACAAGAAAAUUUUCUGUUCAGCAUAUUCAGAUUAUCAAUGGGAUUGUCUCAAAGAUAUUAGUUAAGAUAAAUAGAUAGCUGGAACAUUUUAAACUGAUUGAUGACUCACAUCAUUUACAAUAUUGUUCUAAACACGACGGUUGUCCACAAUUCCUUGUGUUGCCCCCAUGUGGUGUUGAUAACACAAUAUUUGUAAGGCCAUGGGAGUUUUCCAGUUCGAUGUAAGCUUACUUGCAAGCAACUAUAACUUUCUAGUUCGAAAUUUUCUUACAUGCAAGUAACUAAAGGAUAAUUUAAGAUACAUAUACUUUUUAUUAAAGUAAUGUCUCAAUUUUAAGGUAACACCUGAAGAAAAUGUUGAAUAAUAAUCUAAUUAAAAACGCACUUAUAUCAAAUAUAUAUUUCAGUUCGUGAAGGUGCUGCAGGUCCUACUGGACCUCGCGCUGACAUGACUGCGUUGAACUACUGAUUCUCAAAGCAGCCUGAAUGGGGAAACUCUUUAAAAAGAUAUAUGAAAACACCUAAUCGAGACUUAUUUAACGCAGUGUAAUUACCUACUGAAAUUGUUUACUAUAUACAUGAUAUAAGCCACAAUCCGAGGUGUUUUGAUAAACCAGCUUUUGCAGGUCAUAAUCAUAAUAAGUGGCUUAUAUCAAUCGUUAAAAUUAAGAAAACUGUUAUUUUAUUUGAAAUAAUCUACUUCUUUAUGUGAGUUCAAAUUUGAGCUAUAUCAGAAGUUCCUUGCAAGGAUAAAAAAUAGGAAGAUGAUGAGGUGCAAUGCUGGCUAGCCUUUUUUCCUUCUGAGACGUUUACCUUCAAGGUCUAGGAUGAGAUAAAAUCGUCAUAACCUGCUUCCGGUUCACCCUAAUGUUCAAACAAUUCACGAUUAAACCAUUGAAAAGGGUUUUAUAAGUACUGUUAGGGGUAUUAUUAUAAGUUUCAUUUUUUCCUUUGGGCGGAAAUGACGUAGUUCAGUAGUAGUCUCCAUGACGACAGGGGGUAUUUUCACAUUGGCCUGAAACAACGUUGUUGUGUGGAAUAUACAUUGCUACACAAUUACUGUUUUGAUUCAAGGUGCAAUCCUCCGUCAGAUCAUAUUUUUAAAACUUCAUUCACAACAUUCCGAUUUUCGCGAGUGACGUAACUUUUUAUUUCUUAUUUAGAUGUUAUAUUUGUUUAAUGUAGUCCCAUUCUGCAUGUAAUCGAUGUACUAUGAUUCUUUUGUUUUACAAACUGAUGAAUGUACAUUUAGAUAACACUGAGGUGAAUGAGAGAAAUAGAUAAAUAUUGACGUAAUCGGGUUGCCUGGCAACCCGUACGUCCUACUUGACGUCGAAACGUUGGUAGAUACUUGAACAAAAUGGAUGUCGAAUGAGCCUCUUCACUAACCGCACAAUUAUCGGUCCUUCUGCAUUUCAGUGUGCACUAGAGGGAAUGCUCUGUUACAGGUCACCUAACACUUUAUGGCUAUAUCUUGUAGCCGGUAAUUCCGUACCCAAAUAGGGUUUCAAGCCAAUACGCCAAAGUUCAAUAUUUUGAAUAAAGGUUAAUUAUCUGAUGAAGCUACAUGUACAUUAACAAUUUCACCGACGAUUUGAUAUGCCUGGUGCAUUCAUUUAGGAAAACAUCACAGUGCAACAUCCAAAUAGGCUGGCCUCAGCUAUCUUCCCCUAUAUAUAUUUAUGACUACAAAGUGUUAAUUUGUAUUCCUAUAGCAUGAUUAAUGUUCAGAAAUCAAUCAACGUUUUGACCGAAUAUUUCUAGAUGUUAUGUAUUAAUAAAUGCUAUAUAAAAUGCACAGCACUACGUUUGGGCGCUUUAUGUGACGACGUAAAGAACGCCAUCUAUUACCUGCUGCAGGAUAUCCUGCACGCCAUCUAUGAGUGAACCUUGUAACUAGGUGGUUCAAAAGGUUCAUGGUGAUCUUGAAAGACAACAUCGCGACAGGAGAGGUCAGCAGCUUAUUAUGCCUAUCUGAUAAAUUCAAGCGCCCUUUUUUCAGCACCUCUAGCAUUGUUCAGAUGUGUUGAAAGUGAGUGUAGGAAAUGUUACAGAACAUCAUAGUGCCCCAACGAAUGUCAUAUUCGGUAAUUUAGAAUAUUUUACCCAUUUACCCCGUUUAAAGGAGAUAUACGGAAACAACCAUACGAUUAUUUGCAAAUCAGGCAAGUAACUGCAUGACUUCUCUAAUCGCGAAUCUUUCAUUGAUCAAAAUGACAUGGCGGUUUCGUUAAUAGUCGUCCAGCUGGAGGGAGUACAACCUCAUCAUCAUGUGAGCCAUUUCCGGCAGUAACAUUGUUGGACAAGGGAGGCGGAGCGAGGUUGGAAAGAUACUUUCAGUGCGGAUCGAGCAAUCAAUCGUAGCGCAUGCUCAAAAGCGACUGUAGAGCAGUCGGCUCUAAAGGUUUACCAACCUUGACCCCUUACGGUCCAGCUUUUCUGUGAAUAUAUUGUUGUAAAAAGUAGUUAGGCGCAAUGUUAGUGUGAUGUUGGACAAUUCAUAUAUAAGAAUCCUUAAUUUUUGUUUUCAUCCCAUCCCACAAAUGCCAAUAUAAUUCGAGAGGAAAAUACCUCCGCUGGAAUCGGAAAUGAACUGUACAAAACUACACAGAUUAUAUCGAAUGGUCCUAUUGGGAAGAUGACAAACAGACAUUGACGAUUGAUACCCCCAUUUUAAUGACGCUGUUCUCAUCAACAGAGAUAAGACAAGACCAGAAAAUUAACAACUUUAGAUAAGCGCGUUACAACCAUACAGAGCUAUACACACCGGAAGAACACUCCACUGGCGACAUUCUUUGUUAUAUUUGGGUGGACACGUGCAUGAUAGCACCAUCGAUGUGUAUAGCUGAUACAAACAUUUGAGCGAUCUAAUAGAGAAUUAUUAUCAAUGUAUGUAUAGCACUGUACGGUUGUCCACAGUGUUAAAGGUCUGCACAGUCGGCCAGGAGUCGAAGUGAAAGCUCUAGCUCCCGCCAUAUUAUGUCACUGGUGUGGUGGUGAUGCCAACGCGUUGCUGGCCAAUCAUUUCAAAGGUAAUCUACAUCACUAUAGUAUCCGAAUGAAGACUUGAAUUGAUUUAUUGAUUAAGGGGUGUACCGGUACAUCAAUGUAUACUGUGUCCUUGGGAUAAACAUGUACUACCUAACUAGUCGUGGGCUCACGCCAAUUAGGGAAUAUCCCAAUGAUUAUCCCGAUAUAAAGGCAUAAAUUAAUGUCGUUUGAGAAUAUUUGCGCUUCCAGGCUCGCGCAUAACACGAUAUUUCAGGUUGUUUUUUUUCUCGGCGCCCCGAAUUAAACACACCGGAAUGAUGAUUGUAGUUUGUGUGCAAGGCACUGUGCUUUGAGGAUGCACACAUGCAGAAGUGUUUUCAGUCAAUAUCUGUAUAAUCUCUCUCCGCACGAGUAAGCGAUGGGAUUCAAAAACUGUAAAUCGGUCAGGACUUGCAUUUGGAUACUGUUUUUAAAGGCGCAUCAUCAAAUAUCAUAGACUAAGUUUUUUCUUCGUUGCAUAAUAACACGGCUUUUGUUUUGUUUGUCAUCUUAUUAUUGUAAUAAAAUAUUUUGAAUUGAAAA